GUUCAAGGCAAAUUGGGAGUGCGUUCAAUAACACCGCCCUUGUCCUGAGUUGAACCACGUUUUUGAGUUGGAACCCACUAUCCUGUACCGUCACAAGAGCAGUAAGCUCUUAAUAAUUAGGCCCCACUCCAGAUUUUGACUUUAUCUCAAAUCUGAUCCGCCAGAUCCUGAAAGAAAAUGAAUAGAUCUCUUCAUCUCUCCGAAUCCUUCGUCAUCAGUUGUGGCACAAUCACCCUCGAUAUCGAUCAAUCUAAAGUCCUCGUCAUCUACUUGAGAAAAACAGGCGAAUAUUGCCUUCCAAAGGGGAGAAAAGAUGUGGGGGAACAGCUCGAAGCAACAGCCGUUCGCGAGACGUACGAAGAAACAGGAUACAUCGUUGAGCUACUACCCCUUCAGUUGACCACCCUUGCUACCCUCCACGGGAAUGAUGAUGUCCGAUCUGCGAUACCUGGAGGGACAACAGAACCCGUCGCUGUGACGCAAAGGACGACUCAGGGUGUGCUGAAGAUCAUAUUUUGGUAUGCGGCACGAGGCGAUUCUUGUGCCAUACGCCAGAUGUAUACGACAAAACAAGAAGACGAGGAUUUUGAUGCCGUCUGGUGUCCAAUGGAUGAAGUAGUUCAGCUGUUGACAUUCCACGAUGACAAGACGAUCACUGCAAGGGUCAUCGAGGCAGCUCGUGGUGGGGGGAGUGGAUCUAAGGCGCGCCUUCGGUGCGAUCAGCGCCAGGAGUGAGCAUGUAAAUGAUGCCCGCCGGAGGCAGUCGAGAGCAUCAAAGGUACCUAGUGGCACCGGUCCAUUGACCGAUUUUCCAAACGUGUCGUCACUCCCUCUUCCCAG